AUGGCUUCCACUCCAGAGUAUCGACCGUCAUAUGACGAGAUCCCCGAUAUCCAGGAAGACAUUGAGCUGAACGUCGGCUUGCUUGCGAGUCUCAACGAGGCCGAACAGGACAGCGAAACCGAAGAGUCGAAGAAAGUCAUCGCCAGAAACAUAAAACGGCUAAAGAAGCGACUCGCUCAUCUCACACGACCCGAGCAACCUUCUGGAGGCCCGUCCACCCAACAAGACCCUGGAGAUACAGCACAAGAAGAAGUACGGGCGCCGCCCAGCAUGCAACAGCUCGAUGGCCCGAGCGACUCCGCCGGCGGUGAUGGCCUUAACAACGACAGUCUACGACUUCCAGUUCGAGACUUCGUCAGUCGCAAGCGUCAACGUGGCGACUUCGACGACGAACUUGAGACCGGAUCGCGUGGUUCCAAGUCCAUCAGAGCCUCGCCUAACCUCUCGUCUGGUCCGUCCCCUGCUCCAAGUGGCAGUCUCGAUGAGUUCGAUCUCGGUAGUGACGGUUUCCUCAACGAGCUGUUGAGCAAAGACGAGUUGGAAGCGCAGCGAAAGCAAUUGGCGGAAUUUGAGGAACGUCGGGAGCGAGAGAAGAGACAACUUGAAGCCGACGAGGAGUUCGCACGCGCGCUGAUGGCCUCCGACCAGGCUGUCUCAGCAGCAACUGCCAUGACUUCCGCUACAGGUUUAUUGCCUCCUGCUAGUCAGAGACCAUCUUUCACACCUUUGCCACGCCAGCCUGUCUCCUCAUCACAGACCUUCCUCAGAGGUGAUGGCUCAUUCAGACAGCCGCCACCACCAGCUCAACCAACGGAAGCUUACCGCGCUGCCGGCGAUGAUUCUUCUGCUUCAGAAGCCAACACCCCAGCAAGCGAAGACAGCCUUGCUGAAAUUCCCGCCAGUCAAUUCGUCCAGCGAAUGCCUUCAUACAGAGGCCCGCCAACUACAAUGUCUCAAUUAGGCCCUUCCAUGCCCGGCGCGUCAGGCAAAAUGGCCGGUAUGCCUGGAGCAUUCCCUGGCGCUGCACUCUACUCGAGUACACCUGGUAUGUCUGUCUACGGUCAGCAUAUUCCGAAUCGAAAUCCAUCAAUUCCAGGAGCGUCAUACUCGGAUCCUCUCAUGGUGGGCAUCAAUGCCUUCUCAGACAGCAACCCAUACGGAUCACUCUCAAGCAAUCAGCAAAAUGUCCUGGACCGUUUCGGUGGAAUCGGCGGAUGGGACGAUUAUGCCGAUCCGGCCAAAACGCAGGAAGAGAUCAAGAAUCUGCUCAAGCACAUUCGGCCUGAUGAAGACCUCAGCAAGGAGCAGCUUGCCGAGAUGCCGCAGGGUCUCAGUCGUCCCCUUAUGCCACAUCAAGUCUCAGGUCUUGCAUGGAUGAAGAAAAUGGAGGAGGGUACCAACAAAGGUGGAAUUCUCGCCGACGACAUGGGUUUGGGAAAGACACUGCAAGCCAUUGCGCUCAUGCUAGCUCGUCCUGCGCCCGACGGAGACCGUCGACCCAACCUCAUUGUUGCUCCAGUCGCUCUGAUGGAGCAAUGGAAGCGUGAGAUCAGGAAGUUCUGCCUUAGAGGCGCGGACCUUCGAAAUGUGGUCAUCCUCCACGGUCAAUCUCGAGCCACGCAAUACAAUGCAAUCCGAAAUUGUGACGUGGUCAUCACGACGUAUGGUACUCUUGGUUCUGAACUGAAGCGGAGAAUUGCCUACGAUGACAAAUGCAAGCACGCUGCAGAUCCCAGCACAAUCAAGGAGAACUGCGCGAUCCUGGGCACCAAGUCGAAGUUUCAUCGUGUCUUUCUGGACGAGGCUCAGAAUGUGAAGAACAGAAACACCAUCUCAUCCCGUGCUGCUUGUUCGAUCGUUGCAACUCAUCGCUGGGCGCUCACUGGCACACCCAUGCAAAACAACGUCGAGGAGAUGUACAGUCUCAUCAAGUUCUGUCGAAUCAGACCAUUCAAUGACUGGGACAAGUUCUCGCGCGACAUCGCACGGCCCAUCAAAGGUCGCUACGAAGCUCAGAAGACCAGAGCCAUGACGAUCCUGCAAGGUCUCCUACGUGCUAUUUUACUUCGCCGCACCAAGCAGUCCAAGAUCGAUGGGAAACCUAUUCUGCAGCUGCCAUCUAAGACCACUGUUGAGGAUCGCGCCAUCUUUGGCAAGGAUCAACGUGAAUUCUAUGAAGCCCUUGAGAAGCAAGCUCAGAUCCAGUUCAACAGAUAUCUUCGCAACAACAGCGUUGGUCGAAAUUAUAGCCACGCCCUCGUCCUGCUGCUAAGACUUCGGCAAGCAUGUUGUCAUCCGACACUCAUCGUCAACUCGAAGGACUUCUCGCAGACCGUCUCUGAUCUUGCACCUAUGGACAUGGUCGAGAAUGCCAAGGCGCUCCCAGAUAACGUCGUCGAUCGCCUCAAGCAACAGGUCGAGGAUGGCUUCGAAUGUCCUGUCUGCAUGGAUGCGAAUGAAGACCCAACAAUAUUCCCCUGCGGUCACGGCGUCUGUACUGAUUGCUUCGCGAGACUCUGCGAGAACGCUGUUAGUAACGAGGAAGGUUCUGCAGCUUCCUGCCCACAUUGUCGAGCCAAGAUUGAUGCGAACAAAAUCACCAACAUGAUGAGCUUUUUGCGCGUCUACUGUCCGGAUAAGGAGGGCGUCGAGCCGCUGGACGACAUUAUCGGCGAAGACGAGUCCGACACCGACGGUUCUGACGAUGAAGACGAUUCAGACGAUGGUGCUGACCUUGCCGACUUCAUUGUCGCUGACGACGAGGAAGUCGAGUACGAGGACGACAAGCCGGCCAAGAAGAAAUCGAUGGGCAAGAAGAAGAAGGUCCGUUCGAAAGGGAAAGGCAAGGAGAAACCAACCAAGAACAUGAGUCUUGCAGAGCUGCGUAAACAAGGCCUGAAAUCACGAGCCGCCAAGAAGAAAUAUCUCAAGCGCCUGGCUAAAGACUUCGAAUCCUCGGCAAAGAUCGACAAGACGAUUGCUUUACUCGAAGAAAUUCACGCUCGCGGCGAGGGCGAGAAGACCAUUGUGUUCAGCAGCUUCACCUCAUUCCUCGACCUUCUCGAAGUGCCUCUUUCUCGUCAUCCAGAUCUCUCGAUCUAUAGUCGCUACGACGGGUCAAUGGGUGCUGCAGCCCGCAAUGACGCAGUGCUCAAUUUCACUGACAAGCCUAACAAUCGCGUCAUCCUCGUCAGUCUAAAGGCCGGCAACGCCGGGCUCAACCUUACUGCGGCCAACCACGUCAUCCUCCUCGACCCAUUCUGGAACCCCUUCGUUGAGUAUCAGGCUGCGGAUCGCUGCUAUCGGAUCGGGCAGGAGCGCGAGGUCACGAUUCAUCGUCUGCUCAUCGGUCCAGAUGAAGAUAAGCGGAGCCUGGAGGGAGAAUACACUGUGGAGGACCGCAUUCUAAAAUUGCAGGAAAAGAAGAGAGAGCUGGUCGAGACUGCGCUAGAUGAGAAUGCUGGCAGUCAGCUCAGUCGACUGGGUGUGAGGGAGUUGGGCUACCUGUUUGGGGUGAACAACCUCAACUGA